AUGAAAACGAAAGCGUUGGUUUUUGGAUUGUUGGCAUGUUCUGGGGUUGGUUUAGCAGGCUAUCAACUCUACAAAACUUAUUUGAAAACGAUGGAAAAGGAUGAAGUUGAAGAUCAAAAAGAACGAACUGAAAAGGAAGAAGACGAAUACAUCGAAGAUAACGAUUAUCAACCAGGCGAGUUCGAGAGAAUAAUGAACGAAUGGGAGGUUGAUAAUGAACCAUUCUGGAAACGGAGAUCAUUUCCAAGCAAUGGAUUUGAUUUGGACUUAUGGCAACCCAUUGCUGAAGAGGACGAGGAGAAUUAUGAAGAAGACGAAUCUGAGGAAGACGAAACUUAUGAAACUUGCGAGGAAUCUGAAGAGGAAUCUUAUGAAACUUGUCAGGAAUAUGAAAACGAAGGAGAUUUGAUAAAGGAUUGGAAAUUAGAGCAGAGUGAUGGAGGAACAACAGUCAACGUGUAUCUUGAUAGUUUGUCUGAAAGGUCAACUUGUUUCUACAUCGAUUCAAUUAAGACAAGUAAUGUUGGAAACUUGAAAGACGCCACAAUAGAAUGCAACGAUUAUUAUCUCUCAACUAAAAGAGGCCAAAUUUUAUAUAACAUUCCAAUUGACGUUCCACAAAAUCAAUGUAAUGGUGGAAGGCCGAAUAAAAUUUGA